GUCAUGUGACUUGAUGGCUUGUUUGGGACCGCGCGUCUUUCGGUGUUGGCGCGUAUCUGUACAUCGCGAGCCCGCUGCAGGAGCCUCUCCGCUGACAACAGAGACACUUCACCGCUAAAGACACUCGUAGAAGAAGGAGAACAUGUCGGACUGGACCAGAGGCAGACGGCGAGAUGCUAACAACAGCGAAAUUGAAAAUAGGAGCUAUGGUCCUUCGCGGUGGUCCAACUGCAGGAAACGGGGCAUCGACGGAAGCCUGCGGGCCGACCGAGAGGUGGAAGGCGGCUGCAGUGGAGACAACGACCGGCACGCGGAUUCUGAAAAGAGACCUGAAAGUUUCACCACUCCAGAGAGCACAGGCCCGGUGUCUCGCUGUAGUCGACAGGCUGACUGGGGCAGCCAGGUGGAGGAGGAUGAGAUGAAGAAGGGUGUACACAGAGACAUGCAGCGUUACAGGAGGAGGAUACUAGGUGCAGAGGUCACCCAGAGGGAGAGGAAGACCUCUUCUGGCUCUUCUGGGAGCUGUGACUCAAAAGAGGGAGACCACAUUGAGACUGAUGAGGCCGUGUUGCUACGGCGACAGAAACAGAUCAACUAUGGCAAAAACACACUGGCCUAUGAUCGAUACAUCAAAGAAGUUCCAAAACACAUGCGUCAGUCGGGUGUUCACCCAAAGACUCCCAAUAAGUUCAGGAAGUACAGCCGCCGCUCCUGGGACCAGCAGAUCAAGCUGUGGAAGGUCAAACUGCACGCCUGGGACCCCCCAGCAGAGGACGGCCAAGACAAUGUCCUGGACAACAUUGAGGAGCUGGGUCUUGGUGAUGUCAUGGACAUUGAGCUGGACUUCCCAAACUUGCCAGACUCCCAGAAUGCCCCAACCACACACAGCCUUUCUCUAGAUGGGGAAGACUGUUUGGGAACUCCAGUUAAAGUACAGAAGACGGAAAGCAAAGUAGAGCCUGAGAUGAGCUCAUCAUAGAAAAGAAAAUACAACACGUCCACACACUUCUCAAAUGGUUCAGCCGUUCCCCCUCUUCCCCCCCCAACUCUGUCACUUCCCACAGCCCACCAUGUUACCCAGAGGAACUCCAGGUACUGGAUCUGCUCCAAGCAAUGCUGCAUCUACACAGCAUCACAAUGCUGUGUCUGUCUGUUUGUAGUUAUUGGUUCAACACUGUAACAUACAUGUUGUGUUCUGUCUCCAUUCAUACUAGUGCUUAAUCCAUAAACUGGGACCUUUUACAGACUACUAAUCUGCUCAGGGAGUCUUCUUUUUUUGGCAAGAUUUUACAGUUGCAUGUUGAAUCAAGCGGUGGUCAGUUAAAAUGAUUUAGGAUUUGAUGUUCACAAACACUUGUAGCACUGAUCUGUGGCCUGGAGGAGCAGACAUCCAGCUCUGUUAUGUCCGUUAUGUACAACUGUUAAAUCACAUCCUGCUUAAACUUGCUAAAUGGAAUGCAAGGAUAUGUAGAAAGUGACUCAAACCUGUUUAAAGGAGAUGGGCACACCAAAGGCAAAGUACUUUCCUUUUAAUAACUCAUACUGACAUGAUUGUUUCCCCCCCCCCCCCCCAUAAGUAUGUACAAUUUUAAAUACAGAGAAGCAUUACUUUAGUUAUAUUGGGCUGUGAUUUGUUUUUAUAUUGGUUGUUUUUUAAUGCAAAUGUUGCUGUGUUUAUUGCUGUUUCCUUCAUGGUGAAGACUUUCAAAUAAUAAAUAAUUAAAUAAA